AUGUCUCAAGUGAAAAUCGACAUCAACUUGAAGCUGAACAGCCAAUCUGUGGACAGGUACAAGUUCGGCAAGGCCACCCAUGAGGCGACCGCGUUAUACAGACCCCACGAGAACAAAAUUAUACUCCCGGUCGGCAUUUUGCAAAAACCAUUCUUUGACGCCCAGUUUGACGCCACCCAGAGCUUUGGUGCCAUCGGGAUGGUCAUCGGACACGAAAUUACCCACGGGUUCGACAACAGCGGCCGUUAUUGCGAUUGCGACGGCAAAAUUGAAACAGUGGUGAUCGAGCGCCUCCAGCGCUUCAGCGAAGUGACUGACACUGUAUUGGGCAAGGUCAGCGGCGAGACCUCUUUGGGUGAAAACAUUGCGGACAACGGGGGGCUCAAGUCCAGUUUCCGUGCGUACCGCGAGUACUUGAAGGAGUUCCCGUCCCAGAACACGGAAGAAGCAGGCGUCAAGUUGUUCUACUUGUCGUACGCCCGAGCCUGGUGCUCCAAGAACACACCUGGCCAAAUCCUCGAUAAGUUUUGGAGGACGCACACGCUCGAGCGGUACCGCGUCACAGGGGCGUUGCAAAACAACCCUGAGUUUGCCCGUGUGUUCCAGUGCCCCACUGACUCGUACUUGAACCCAUCCAAGAAGUGCUUGUUGUGGGAAUAG